GAAUAGGGGAGGAAGAUGGCGGCUGGGAUCCGCCUACCUGGAGUUCCCGACUCGUCUUCCUUUCUUUACCUUUCCCCGUUCUCCCUUGGCCUGGCUCAUCCCAUCCCUCUGGCCGGCGCUGCGGUGUCUCCUCACGCACGGCCUCUCCCGGGGGGCACCCACCACCCCACAUCCCUUUUUCCUCCGGUUUCCGCCCACACCUUCCUCCAUAUUGUCCCUUUCUACGUCCCAUGCGGACCCCGGGGUCAUCCCCCGAAACAUCGUUUGGCUCGCCGACUCAGUGUCGUCCCUUUGCUUAUUUUCACGUUGUCCCAUUCUAGGGCUCCUUUGCCUCCAUUAUAGAGCGUGGCUUGUGUGUGCUUCCUCACACCCUGUAUCCUGUGCAGUGCUGCAGCUUCCGUCCUUGUGCUGCAAGCUAUUACCACAGGGUGACGUGCAAGGACACCUGGCAGCAUGCAUUCAAGGAAUGCUGAAUGUCUGGUGAAUUAUUAGUCUCCACAAAAAGAAGAAGAGAUAUAAGAGGGAAGAGAGCUUGAUAUUGCAUCUGCAGUGCGUAUCAAAGCUUAAAUGGAAAGGCAGGAAAAUCUUUAGGAGGGCUUGAAGAAGAUGAGCCAGUACAAACAGAAUGCCUAAAUCAAAGGAACUUGUAUCUUCAAGCUCAUCUGCCAGUGAUUCAGAUAGUGAAGUUGACAAAAAGGCAAAGCGGAAAAAGCAAGUAACUCCAGAAAAACCUGUAAAGAAACAAAAGACUGGUGAAAGUUCAAAAGGUGCAGCUUCUUCUAAGCAAAGCAGUAACAGAGAUGAGAAUAUGUUUCAGAUUGGCAAAAUGAGGUAUGUCAGUGUUCGGGACUUUAAAGGGAAAGUCUUGAUUGAUAUUAGAGAAUAUUGGAUGGAUCAAGAAGGUGAAAUGAAGCCUGGCAGAAAAGGUAUUUCUUUAAAUCCAGAACAGUGGAACCAGCUGAAGGAACAGAUUUCUGAUAUUGAUGAUGCAGUAAGAAAACUCUAAAGACAGAGCCAUACAAAAACUUAUGUCAUUUAGUUGUAUUAAGCAGUCUUUUUACAUUGGCUUUAGUUUUCUAAAAUAUUGUUUUCCAAGCUAUUGUAUAUUUGGAUUGCAAAACAAUUUGUAAGAUGAAUACUUUUUUAAUGUGCAUUAAAAGUGUAUUCUGAGUGAGGCUAUUUGUGUAUACUUUACUAAAAGGAAUUGUGUUGCUUUCACCCCACAGUGUAAAAUAAACAAAUUUAGUAAUAUGUAAAGCAAACUUGUUUAUGGCCUUUUGAUUGAAGGUGUUUGCUGAUAAGGCCACCUAAUAGCUUUAGUUGUUUUAAUUUUAGUUCAGUUUACAGUAAAUAUUCAUGUGUUUUAUGAGGGGAUUUAUUGAAAUGUCUCAGUUUCACUUUUUCUUUCAUUCCAUUUUCUUUGGUAUUGCCCUGCAGCUUUCUGCUUUAAGACUUUAUACAAACAGUGAAUACUUGGGAAAACACAUUUUUGUAGAUAAUUUUCAAUACUGUAUUUGCUAAUUUACCCUAUUUAUUCAGAUGUUAACAGUCUUGAACAUAGAGCUUUUUUUUUGCAUUACUUGCAUGAAGCAUUAUGCUAAACAAUAACACUUGAAAACAAAACACAUGCUCUCUCUUCCCAUUUUCUGUAGUUUGCUUGACCUAGAAAAUACAAGUAGCCUUUUUUAGGACUUGAGAUGUGAACCAUUAACUUCUACAGUAAUAGACAUACCUCAGAGUAAGACAGUAUUUAAAGGCUCCAAAUGUGAUUAUUAGUUAUAACACUCUUCAAGGUUUCCAUUAAAUUCAUUCUGGAAUACAUAGUAGCCAGUUGUUCUAUGGAAAAGGAGUGGUUUACCUGUCUGUAGGGUUUUUGUUCAUUUGAAAGUAUUGCAUAAACAAUGAUACUUAAAUUAGACUGUAAUGCGGGUUAAACAAUCAAACAGGGUUAAAACUGCUGCAGCCCAAAUGUCUGUCUGUCGUCUUUCUGCAUCAUGCAUGCUGAAGCUUGGGGUGCUUCCUGUGGUUCAUGUGUGCACAGCUGGUUUAUCUUGGCGCAGAGGCGCUUAGCGCGCAUGGGGAGCUUACCCGGUACGUGGUGGACCAUGACCCAGCGAGCUUGGCUGGUCAGCCCCGGUACCCUGGACAGAAAAGCCCCAUGUAAGCUCUGUUACACAAGAUGCUGCCCUAGAGGAAGGGCUUCUGGGUGACACUGAGUCACAAACAAUGGAAGGGAGAAGGGAGAAUGUGAUGGAGAACUUGGAGAUGUAAGGGGCACAGCAGGGUGGAAGUUAAUGGUGCAAGAUCAAAGUUUGCUGGCACAAUAAAACUACAGUGAAGAAAUAGAAGCAGAAUUGGAGGAGUUCUGACAUAAUUAAGCAAAGCAAGAAGAUAAAACAACUUCAUGAAAAAGGACGUUUCAAAACUGGUGAAUGUCCAACUUAAUUAGUUCGUGUAAUUUUCCCAUUUGAUGAUAACAUAGUCUCUAAAUUUUGUAUAGAUAAACAAGAUUUACUGUUUGUUUAGUUACAGAACAUUUUGAUAUAGUUGUUUAUAUUGCAGACAUGAUUAUAAGUGCCAUACACUGUCUAUGUGCUGCAGAGUUCAUAAUUCAAUGCAAAUAGGUAUUAAAGGCUGAGGAAGAGAGACUUCAUCAAAUUAAGUGCAUGUUGCUUAGUUUAAAUAUGUCACAUAUCUUCACCUGCUUUUUUACUUACCCAUUGUUGACAUAUUACAAAUAAAAUUAAGAUCUGUUUUUGUAUAGCUGAAGAAAUCUUAAGUUUUUAGAAACUGAAUGAGGGUGAAUAAAAGGGUGAGGAGAUGUUUGUGCUAACAGAUGUGGUUUUGGGCACAGCAUUCUUUUGUGCGUGACUCUUAACAACAUAUAGGGCUAUUUGGACCAAAUAGAAUAAAUACGAAAUAGCUGCUAAAGUUUCACAGAUGAGUGAAAUAAAUUGCUUCAGAUCCCUAUAGACAGGUUCUAGGUGGUUUUUAUUGCAAUAUAUAUAUAAUGUGAUUUGUUCCUUUAAGUCUGAAAAUUUGCAACCAGAUUUCAUGCAUUUUACCUCAGAACUUUGAAGUGGCUACUUCAAAGUGCAUGGUUAUAUUAGAGGGAGGAGUGUCCUUAGAUUACUGUGCUAAUAGGUCAGUUGUGUUCAGGAAGGUGGGAAAUUAAGUCAUUUGGGGAGAUUGAGUGAAAAGUUUUAAUAUAGUGAUUAGUUUUCAUGUGGAAAUUGAUGGUAGAGGUAUUCAAAGAAAUUAGAAUUUGUUAACCACGAACCAUGAGUUAUUAGUAGGUAGCAAAAGAGACAAGUCAGUUUCACAAACUAACUCAAAAUGGGAUGACUUGAUCAGGUGACUGAUGUACUUGUAAGAUGGUAAUAUGCAAGUAACCUCAAUAAAAGUGUGACAAAUUUAGUAUUAUUUUUAAAUAAAUGCUAGUGAUUUGUCAUGUAAUCAUCUGUAGCUUCUUUUAAUUUGAGAAGAAAAUUCAAAUCUUUUUUGACUAAAGAUUAUUUUUUGCAGUGUUAGUUAGGAUAUGUGUUGAAGUGUCCAUGGAAGAAAAUUGCAUGUAUGACGAAGCUGUCUAAUACAAGAUAAAAGCACUGCUCCCUCUCCCAUUUAGGUGAUGAAAGAUACAUUUGAUUCUUGGUGUUUAUGCAGGGCAUAUUAGCAAUAUAUUUUAUAAAUUAAGCCUUCUGUGGAGCUUAGGGGAGAAAAACACAUCACAGAGCUGCCAAAGUACUGUAUGUGUGAUAAUCAAACUGUCGUGUACUGUGUUGCUCGUAUGUAGAGAUGUUCAUAUUGAAAAUAAACAAAUGCAGUACUAAUUUUGGUAUUUCUUCUAAAGAAAAUGACCCUGGUUAUGUACUUAUGUGAUCUGUUAGCAAAAAAGAGUUGAUGAUUGUAAUUCUGGUAACGCAAAUGUCUUAUUGUUAGUUACGUGGAAUGUUUCAUGUUUUGUUCUGGUGGUGUCCACUGCAAAGAGGCCACUGGAAAUAGAGCCCUUCAACUGUAAUUACCUUAAUGUUAAAAUAAAAAAUGGUUAAAUGGCAUAUGUGUAAUAACAGUUUGAACCCUUGGAAAUAAAAAAAGACUUCUGUUGA